GUAUACGUGAUUUGUAGUUUGUUCUUCACCGCGUUCAUUACGGCCCAGGAGGAUUUGUCGGCGAUUUUGCAAAAAACAAACUAGUUCAAUUUAAUAGCAUCCUAAGAAAUAUUUGCAUCGAGCAGCAGAAUAUUGCUGGUCACAAAGCGGAGAAUUUUUUAAUUGAAUAAAUAAGUUGAAAGCGCUUCAACAUUUCGGACGAUAUGGAAAACAACGCCGGUCUUGAGAACCGUGAAAAAGACCGCGAGCGUCGUGGUCGGGCACGUGGAACACGCUUCUCCGAUGCAGAUACAUCCUCUGCCGCCGGUGCUGGAAAUCGCGACCGUAGCCGUGAGCAGCGACGUAAUUGUCGUAUUUACAUUUCGAAUAUACCCUACGAUUACCGUUGGCAAGAUCUCAAAGAUCUGUUCAGACGUGUUGUGGGUUCGGUGGAAUAUGUUGAGCUGUUCCAUGACGAAAAUGGCAAGGCCCGCGGAUGCGGCAUUGUGGAAUUCAAAGAUCCCGAUAAUGUACAAAAGGCAUUGGAGAAAAUGAAUCGCUAUGAGGUGAAUGGCCGCGAGUUGGUUGUCAAGGAAGAUCACGGCGAACAACGUGAUCAAUGUGGACGCAUAAUUCGUGAUGGUGGCGGCGGCGGCGGUGGUGGUAUGGGUGGAGGACGCGGUGGUGGCGGCGGCAAUGAUGGAGGUUAUGGUGGUAGACGCGAUGACGAUCGAUCAUCUGGUCGUAAUAAUUAUAACAUGAUGUCUAAUGAUUUUGUAAACCCACCAGCGAAUUAUAAUUAUUAUGGGCUUUCAGCGUCGUUUUUGGAGAAUCUUGGCAUAACUGGACCUUUGCAUAAUAAAGUUUUCGUUGCUAAUCUUGACUAUAAAGUGGAUACGAAAAAGCUUAAACAAGUUUUUAAAUUGGCCGGCAAGGUACAGAGUGUUGACCUAUCUGUAGACAAGGAUGGAAACAGCCGCGGUUUUGCCGUUAUUGAAUAUGAUCAUCCUGUAGAAGCUGUGCAGGCCAUAUCCAUGUUGGAUCGUCAAAUGUUGUAUGAUCGACGCAUGACCGUGCGUUUGGAUCGUAUUCCUGACAAGGGUGAAAGCAUUAAAUUGCCCGAAGGUUUGGGAGGUGUUGGCAUCGGUUUGGGACCCAAUGGUGAACCAUUGAAGGAUGUUGCCCGUAACUUGCCCAAUUCCAAUCAAAAUUGCAAUUCAUCCCAACAAAUGGGUGGUGUAAACAAUGGCAACAUGGGUGGUGGCAUGAAUGUCGGUGGCGGCGGCGGUAUGGGAGGUAAUGGCGGCGGCAUGGGCAUGAAUGCUGGACCCAAUGUUGGCGGUAUGUUUGGCAACAAUGGAGGUGUGCAACAGCCGGCACCCGUUGCCCCAGUUGGCAACAAGGCCCAAGGAAAUUUACCCUUAAAUGCCAAUUCCGGUCUUAAUUUGGCAGCUCUAACCAAUGUGGUUGGUGGUUUGGGUGCCGCUCUCUCAAAUCCUCUAUUAACAACUUCCCUGAAUAAUUUGGGCAUUAACUUGGGCCAAGGACAAGGUGGUGGCAAUGAUGAUGCCCUCGCAGCCGGAAAUGCAGGUCUGUCGAACAACUACAGUACAGGAGGUAACAACUACAGUUCUGGCUUUGGCAACUCAUCGGGUUUUAAUGCACCGGCCGGAAACUCUGUUGGCGGAGGAGGUGGCUUUAAUUCGUACAACAGUGCCAGUGGAGGUGGUAAUGCUGGUCCAGCCUUAGAUGGUGACUAUGGCUCGGGUAACGCCCUUGAUAUGUAUGGUUCUGGAGCAGGUGGCAAUGCCGGCAACAAUGCAGGAAAUGUGCGCAAAUCAGAUACAAUUAUUAUUAAAAAUAUACCCUUGAGCUGUACUUGGCAAACACUGCGAGACAAAUUCAGGGAUGUUGGCGAGGUAAAAUUCGCUGAAAUUCGGGGCAACGAUUUGGGUGUUGUGCGUUUCUUUAAGGAGAGAGAUGCUGAACUUGCCAUAGCGCUUAUGGAUGGUUCUCGCAUGGAUGGACGUACUAUUAAAGUAACAUAUUUCUAAAAUUAGUCCACUCCCACCUGCCACGGCUUCAUUUACAAAAACAAAACAAAAAAUUAGAUGAAGUGUUCCACUGAACCUGGACUUGUAUUGACACUUCCCUUAAAUUUUAAUACAAACAGAUAUAUAGUAUAUAAUCUAAACUUAUUUACCAUAUAUGUAUGAUGAUUUCUAACAUUUAGACAUUUAUUUUAAGUUGAAACACUUGUGUAUUUUUAACCAGACAUUCAUUUUAAAUUAGAAGAACCAACCAGCAGCAUAAAACAGACAUCACUUUUGUCAAGUGAUGUUGUUUUAUGUAAAAAAAUAAAAAAGAAUUAAAAAAAGAAACAAACGGCAUUGGGGGAAAAUCUCAAUUUUCAUCCCUCCCUGUUUUACAACCAAAUGAUAUCGUCGUCGUUGUCCCAACAACAGUGUAGUUUUAAAAAAAAUAAAAAAAACUCUCCAUACGUAGUGUUUGAACCGACGACCAUGGAAUUAAUGUAUUCUCAAUAAAAUAACAAUUUUAAGAAUAUAAAUGAAACUUUUAGAAA